AUGAAUCAAAGCAAGGUUGAGUUUGAGCCUUUUGAGUAUUCCUAUUAUGAUUAUUCAGAUUGGUACUCAAACAACGCAGAGCCGACCAAACCACCCAAAGAAGUUAUUUUGCCAUGUGACCCCACAGUGGACGACAAACUCUUUCACAUAUGCGUAUUGUCAAUAUCUCUCGUGGUCAUGUUAAUCCUGGCAGCUCUCAGCAGGAAAAAUAAACUCUGCCAAGGAUUUACAAGAGGAUCCUCCAGUAUCUUCAGUCCAGCCAACUUCCUGGACCAGACUCAGAAAAAAGGCCUGAUCAUGGCAGUUUUUGGGCUGGUGUUCAGCAAGCUGGCGAUGCUGGUGAUUGCGCCGGACCCUUUGCCUUUCUCCAAGGAUACUCCAGCAAACAUUAAAGAGUACAUGAAGAUAAUCGCCAUCUUCUACUAUCCCAUCCUGUAUUACCCUCUCUUAGCCUGUUGCACUCUGCAGCACAAAGCAGGUUAUGUGUUUGGGAUGCUCCUGUCCUUCACUCACUUUGGGGUCCUAGUGUGGCAGAAGUUUGACUGCCCAAAGACUCCAGAGAUCUAUAAGUACUACGCCCUGCUUGCCAGUCUGCCCCAGUUGGCCUGUCUUGCAUAUCUCUGUGUGCAGUUUAUUUUGCUGUUUGCCAAAGGACCAAAGACUGACGAGGACCUUGACAGCAGUUACUACACCGACUAUGUGAAGUUACUUCUCAAAAAAAAGUCCUCAACUGCCAGCUCUUCAAUGACCGAUAAACCAACACUGGCAGAGAGAAUACUGGAGGUGCCUAAGAGUUAUAUUUAUAUUCCAGAAAAAGUGUUUCGUUUUCCACUAAAACUGGCUGUAUCAGCAUUUGUUGCCCUUGUGGCGAUAUAUCAUACGGCGUUAUUGUUAGUCGUUGGGGUGGUCCCAACUCUCCAUAUUGUCCGUGCUGGUAUCGAUGAAAACAUCGCCUUCCUGUUACUGGGGUUUGGGAUCAUUCUAUCAGACGACAGGAUGGAGGUUGUCAAAAUCGUGAUCUUCUAUACUUGGUUGCUGGAGGUGUGCUACCUCUGUGCGAUGACCCUGUCUUGUUUGGUCAGUCUUGUGAUGCUCAUGAGGUCCAUGGUACUUCACAGGUCAAAUCUGAAAGGACUGUAUAAAGGAGACAUUUACAGCAUUUAUAACAGCCAGAAGACAAUCCGUCCAUCUAAACCUGGCAUUGUCUGUUGGAUGGGUUUGACAGGAUACCAGGCUGCAAUCGUCUGCCUCGGAAUGGCGAUUCAGACUGUCGUGUUUUUCAUCUGCUUCUUGUUCCUGGUGUUUUUGAUCAUUAUCCCUGUUUUUCACGGCCGCAAUAUAAUGGUCUUCGAAGUAGUGCGGAAAUCAUGGUCGGCCUGGGUCACUCUGAUCCUGGUUACUGCGCUUCAACAUGUGACUUCUAAGUUUGCUUUCAUUAAAAAGGAAGGUGGUACACGAGACUUGAACAACAGAGAGAGUUUGUUCCUGCUGACGUACCUGCUGUUCCUGAUCAACACUGUGGUGGGACUGAUAGUUGCCAUAUGGAGAAUGGUGAUCACGGCUUUGUACAACAUCAUCCAUCUCGGUCGUAUUGACAUCAGUCUGCUGCACCGCACCUCAGAAUCCUACGACCCAGCCUAUCGAUACUACACCCACUCCCUGAAGGUGGAGGUCAGCCAGUCCCACCCGGUGAUGAAAGCUUUCUGUGGGCUGCUGCUGGACAUGCUGGUCGAGGGCGGAAGAGCUGGACAGAAAAUAAGAGAUGCAGAGGAAGGGAUUCAGGAGAACAGGCCAAACAAGGCGACCAGCAGGCAGAGGAUUCACGCUCGCUGGCAGCUGCUGUACACGCUGGUUAACAACCCAUCUCUGCUGGGCUCCAGAAAGCACUUCCAGACACUGCAGACCUCAGAGAGCAUCCUGAAUGGGACUCCCAACCACAGCUCCAAGAAAGGCAGCAAGAAGGAGGCCGACAAGCUGGCCGCUGAGCCGGUCCAGCCCACAGAGACCCCGACAAACCAAGAUAAAACUGAUUGA